AUGAUUAACAAGCACUUCUUUGAAACUGUGUUGGUGCUGCACCUCUUCUCCCUAGAACAGAAACUGGUUCUCUUCCAAUGAAGAAGAAUGAACAGAGAAAGUUUAAAACUCUUGAAUAAAUUACAGCCCUCGUCAAUUCAGCAGUAUCUACCACACAGGAAAAACUUGCUGCUUCCCCAGAAGGCUGUCAAUCCUCACCAGUACGAGAAAGGAUGUGCACUGACCAUUCUUCAUGAGAUGCUUCAGCAGAUCUUCAGCCUCUUUGGGGCAAAUAUUUCUCUGGAUGGUUGAAAGGAAAGUUAUAUGGAGAAGUUGAUCAUUGAACUUCAUCAACAGCUAGAAUUGCUAGAAACACUCAUGGGACUGCAAGCAGAUCAGAAAAGUGGUAGCGUAGUUAGUGGGAACCUUAGGUUACAGGUUAAAAUGUACUUCCGAAGGAUCCAUGAUUACCUGGAAAACCAGGAAUACAACAGCUGUGCCUCAACCAUUGUCCGAGUGGAAAUCAACCGGUGUCUAUUCUUUGUGUUCCCACUCACAGGAAAGCUGAGCAAAAGAAAUGGACCCUUGAACCAUGUGGAGCAAGAGGCAGCUGCAGGCUUUGAAAGCAUAAGGUAG